AUGGCGGCGGCGAUGGAGUUCCUGGAGGCGCAGGGCGCGACCCGGCCGGAGCUCGCGGAGUGGUACGCGGCGCUCGCCGACCUGUACCAGCGAAAGCUAUGGCACCAGCUCACCCUCAAGCUGGAUCAGUUCCUCGCUCUCGCCGUCGUCCAGGCGGGUGAUGCUCUGAUUCAGCUUUAUAAUCAUUUCAUCUCUGAUUUUGAGACAAAGAUCAAUCUUCUUAAAUUUGCUCACUUCACAGUCGUAGUUUCACGCCAGUAUUUGGACAAGGAUGCAGGUAUAAACUAUCUUGAAGGCGUAAUUUCAAAACUGCGUGAUACCCAGGAAUCGCGGAUUGAAGAGCCCAUUCUGUAUGUAAAGAUGCAGAUAGCAACAUUUCUUCUUGAGAAAGGGAAUCAAAAGGAUUGUAAGAAGCUGCUAGAAGAGGGCAAAACCACUUUGGACAGCAUGGUUGAUGUUGAUCCUUCUGUGCAUGCUACCUAUUACUGGGUGUGUUCUCAGUAUCAUAAGUCCCGUCAAGACUACUCAGAAUUCUACAAAAGUGCUCUUCUUUAUCUUGCAUACACAACAGUCGAGUCACUUUCAGAACCAUUCAAACAGAACCUGGCAUUUGACCUCUCACUUGCUGCUUUAUUGGGUGAAAACAUUUACAACUUCGGGGAGCUACUUGCCCAUCCGAUCAUCCAUAGCCUUUUGGGAACUCAGGCUGAGUGGAUAUUUCAUAUGUUGCAAGCUUUCAACUCUGGGAAUCUAGCCUUGUACCAAGAAAUCUGCAAAGCUCAUAACACCGCUUUGAGUGCACAGCUUGCAUUGGUGCAAAACGAGAUGAAUCUUAUUGAAAAGAUCAACAUUCUUUGCUUGAUGGAAAUCAUUUUCAGUCGAUCAUCUGAAAACCGCACGAUCCCAAUGCGGGAUAUAGCAGAACAGACCAAGCUCUCUGUUGAAGAUGUGGAGUAUCUACUAAUGAAGUGCCUCUCUGCUCGUCUUAUAGAAGCCAUAAUUGAUCAGGUCGAUGGAGUUGUCCAUGUUUCAUGGGUUCAACCAAGGGUGUUGGGCAUAGACCAAGUGAAAUCCUUGCGUGACCGCUUGGAUACAUGGAUUGGGAAGGUCAAUACGACCUUGCUUUCUGUUGAAGCCGAGACACCAGAUUUGGUAUCUUCGUGA